AGCGCUUGCUUAUGGCUUGCUAGAGGCAGCACGCGCUUGCGCAGCUUCGCGGGCUCGCUGCGCAGCUUCGCGAGCUCGCUGUGCUCUGAUGAUGGCGCGUUUCUCAUUGCUCUGCUCGUUGUUCGCAGCCGUCGCGCGCAGUAACGUCUUGGAGACUGACAGCCACUUUUUUUCCACAUCAGACGGAGACGUCCUCGAGCCGGCACCCAUCCGCGCGCAAGGCAUAACGCAAAUCGCGACGACCAUCGCGCGCGAAGGCUUCGUCUACGCGCCGCGCGACGCGGACCUCGCCGCGCUCGUCGCGGACGCCGCCUCCGCGUGCGGACGAGCCGAAUCGUGUCUUCGAAACCGCUUCUCCGCGGCGGCGACGCACGCGACGAGACUCGAGGCACGAGUCCGCGAGCUCGCGACGGAGCGCUUCGGCGGCGGCGUCGCCUGCGCCGGCGUCACGGUCUUCGGUCGCCCGGCGGCCGCACCGCAGAACAUGCACUACGACGCGGUGAAAUCGGACGGGCAAGCGUGCGAGGACGUGACGCCGUCGCCGCCGGCCUACGCCGUGCGGGCCUGGCUUCCCCUGCAUGUCGUCGACGCUGCGCCGCUCCUCCUCUCGAACAGCACGUGGCUCUACGACAACGCGUGUCCGCGGCGCGCGCUCUCGCCCUUCGGCGGCGGCGGCGGGUCUUCGCCGACCGCGCGGGUCUUCUCGGCCGACGAGUUCGCGGCGGACUGCGGCGCGGACGGGUGCGCCUACUUCCACACGCUCGGCAUGGAGCCCGGCGAGCUCGUCUUCUUCCGGAACGGCGAGGUGCUCCACGGCACCGCGGCCGUCGGCGCCCCGGACGCGCCGCCGCGCGUGGCGCUCAGCGUCGACUGCGAGGUGCCCAACGACGACCCCAUAAGACGGUUCCUGGCCCCAGAUUCGGACGAGGACGUGCUGCCGGACGACGACGACCGCGCCGCGCCGGAGCCGCUCGAGCACCGGCUUAGCACGGGCUCAGCGACGAACGAGGUCGCCGCCAUCGACUCCAUCGCCGUGGAAGACUCGCUCUCCCAGACGCUGCACUCGCCGGUGGCCCGGCCGACGGGCGCCGGCCGCGGCCGCGACGUCGUCUGGACGCCGACGCCGGACGCGAAGCCGCGCCGGACGAACAGCGGCGGCUCCGCGUCGCUGCCGCGGUCGCGGCGCUCGGACGGCAGCAGCGGCAGCCGCGGCGAAAGGCGCGAAGCGACGCGAGUGAUGAGCCGCGCGAACGAGCGGGCCUGGCGCAAGACGUCGCGCCACGCGCGGCUCGAGUUCGCGAUGAACUUCGAGGGCGCGUCCGCCCCGCUGACCCUGGCGACGGCGCGCGAGGACAAGUCCGCCGCCGCGCGGCUCCGGUCGCCGUCGGAGGAUUCGGCCGCGGCGCCGCGGCUCCGGUCGCCGUCCGAGGAUUCCUCCGCGCCGGCGCCCGCGCCCGAGCGGCCGGCCGAGGAGGAAGAGACCGUCCUCGACCUGCGGCGGUCCGCGACGGCGGAGCGCGUCGUCGCGGCGCUGGAGCCGGCGCGCCGGGCGGCGCGCGUGCGCGCGACGCUGCAGAGCUCGACCCUCGCGCGGCUCCCGCCGCCGCUGCUCUCGCUCCAGCUCACGAGCCUCGACGUGUCCUACUGCGCGAACCUCAACGUCGUCGCCGUCGACGCGAUCGCGGCCGCGCGGACGCUCCGGUCGCUCGCCGCGCGCCACGUCGGGAGCGGCCUCGAGGCGCUGCCCGCAUCCUGGGCGGCGCUGAGCCUCGCGCGGCUCGACGCGUCGGAGAACCGGCUGCACCGCUGGCCGUCGGCGCUCUUCAAGUUCCCGCUCGACGGCGCGAAGACGCCGCUCGCGGCGUCGCUCGUCGCGCUCGACCUGUCGCGGAACCUGCUCGUCGACGUGCCCGCGUCCGUGGGCUGCCUCGGCGCGCUCGAGGCGCUCGACCUGCGGGACAACUCGCUCGCGACCGUCGACGACGCGCUCUUCUCGAGCCCGCCGAGCCUCCGGCGCCUGGACCUGAGCUCGAACCCGAACCUCGUCGACCUGCCGCCGACCGUCGCCGCCUUCGUGUCGCGGCCCGGAUCGUCGCUGCUGCUCCGCGACAACGCGCAGCUCCGCGCGCCGCCGUCCGCGGUCGUCGCGGGCGGCAGCGACGCGGUCGUCAAGUUCUACGGCACUUUGAGCGACGCGGACGCGGCCCUCGACCGGCAGCGCCGGCGCGCGUACCUCGCGCGCCGCGACCGGGAGCUGCUCCGGCGCCUCGAGGCCGUCGAGGCGCGCGCGAACCGCCGCGCCGCGGACCCGCGCUUCGCGGGCGACGGCGGCGACGACCCCGCGGACGGCGGCGGCGGCGGCGACGCCGCGGCGGCGAGCGAGCCCUUCGACGGCCGCCGCAUCGCGACGCUCGCGCUGCUCCUCGAGCGCCAGGCCGAGGCCGCCGACGCGGAGCCGCCCGCGUCGCCCGAGGCGCCGCCGCCGCCGCCGCCGCGGCUCGCGCGGUCGUCGUCGAGCCGCGCGGCGCCCGCGUCGACGCCGCUCGCGUCGCGGAAGUCGUCGCCCGCGCUCUCGCCGCUCACGUCGCGGAAGUCGUCGCCCGCGCUCUCGCGGACGAAGAAGCCGCGGUCCGCGCGGGCCAUCCGCCGCGCGGCGUCGGAGCCCGAGCUCGCGUCCGGGCCCGAGCCCGAGGCGACGCUCGGCGAGCGGCGCGCGGCCCAGGCGCGCCUCGACCUGGAGGAGGCGCGGCUCGCGCUGCGGCGCCUCGGCGCGGGCGACGACGACGGCGGCGAGGAGAUCGAGAUCCUCGCGGGCUUCUGCCCCGCUGAACGCGAACGCGCAGCUCGAGCUCAUGCGCGAGGUGGAACGCCGGCGGCGGCUCGCUCCUCUUCCAGCGCGACCGCGAUCACGCCCGAGCCCGGCGAGUUCGUCGCGGUGCUCGAGCGCUGCGGCGACAACCUCGAGCUCUGCUUCCUCAACGCCUGCGCGUCCGUCGCCAUCGCGCGGCGCAUCGUCCACGACCUGCCGAACGUCAAGGUCCUCUGCUGGAAGACCGCGGUCCACGACGAGGCCGCGCGCUUCUUCGCGCACGCAUUCUACACCUACGUCGGCGACCGGCCCUGCGUCGACACGCAGGAGGCCUACGACGCCGCCGUCGCCGCCUUCAAGCAGAAGUACGUCGUCGGCAACCCGCACCCGUGGCCGCGCGCGGGCCUCGAGCGGCGGCCCCACGGCGUGCCCGCGAUGCUCAGGGGGCGGGGGUAAGAGGGAGCUGUGGUGCCAUGAGCCACGCGCCUGGGAUGGUGUGCGUUCAAUUCGAGGUGGGUGCGGUAAAGUGGAUGGUUGGAGGCCUCCCACUCCUCCGCAGAAGCCGCU